AUGGUCUCUGUCAAGUUCAUCACUGUUGCCUUGUUUGCUGUCGCUGGUAUUUGCUCAGCUGCUCCUGCUGGUGGAAACGCUGCUGCUACUCCUAGCGGUGAUGUGAAGAAUCAAGGUGUCUCUCAAUCAGCUGCUGGUCAAGCUGCUACACCUACACCUCAACAACUUCAACAACCCCAACGCCGUGAUCCACAAGACCCACUUGAUCAAUCUGGUGCUCCCUCUGCUGCUGCUUCAGCACCUUCUGGUGCACCUUCUGGUGCUCCUAGUGAUGGCCAAAAGAAGGGAAAGCAUCACAAGUGCAACAAGAAGAAGGGCAAUAAACAUGGUUCAUCAGCUUCUGAAUCUUCAAGUGCAGCCCCUGGUGCUGCUCCAACAGGUGGUGCUGCUUCUGGUGCUGGUUCCACUGAUGGCACUUCUUCAGGUGCUGCUUCUCCCGAUGGUGCCUCUGGUGCUGGUUCCACUGGUGGUGAUGCCUCUGGUGCUGGUUCUACCGGUGGUGCUACUGGUGCUGGUUCCACUGAUGGUGCUUCAGGUGCUGGUUCCAUUGGUGGUGCCUCUGGUGCUGGUUCCACUGAUGGUGCCUCUGGUGCCGGUGCCGGUGCCGGUGCUGGUGCUGGUGCUCCUCCCGCUUAA